AUGGACUCCGCGAAGAGGAUCUUGAAGCGCGUUGGACGCAAAUCGCAACGAGCUAAGGGUGGCGACAAGUCCGUUGUCGACGAGAAUAUAGAAGCCCGUUGGAAGGCAGAAAUUCAAGUGGGAAUGCAAGACAGAAACUUUCAAAUUAAAACGCACCAUAUCUGGAAGGAUAUGAACGAGAAUGAAAGGGACGAAUUCGAAGACCUAUUUAAGAAACCCGAGAACUGGGACCAGGGAUGGUGGUGGAAUCAGUUUGAAAAGCUUUGGUUAAAGUAUUGGGCCACUGGGUCUGGAUCGAAGCAGCUCAUGGAGAAGAAUGGCUACAACGUUGAGGAGGAUGCAUUGGAAAUUCGAUGCUAG